CACACGCACUCACACACGCUCGCUCGCUCGCCCGGGCCCGCCGCCCAGCCCUCCCCCUGGGCGGAGACCCGCCCGCCCGCCGUCAGCCUAGGUUGAGGCACCCUGCGUGUGUCUAUAACUUUGUGCUGCUGCCGCGGCCGUCCUGCUCGUGGAAGGGAGGACGAGGAAUGUGCAAGGCGGCGGCGGCGGCGGCGGCGCGCAGGCUGUCAGGCGGGUCCUCGCGCGGGCUGCGGCGGCCGGAGCGCCUCUCCUUCGCCCAGCUUGCGCGCCCCUUCCUCGCCGCGCCCCGGGCCCGAGCGGGAUCGUGCGUCCUCCCGGCUCGUCCCUGAAGGGGGAAGGAACCGAGGCGGCGUCAGUAGCAGCGGCGGCGGCGCCCAGGAGCCCCGACCCCGAGCCUUCGCGGCGCCCCCCCCCCACCCCGCCCUCGCUCCCUUCCCCCCGCCGCACCCCACCCGGGCCCGAGAGGAGAGCGCGAGGGAGCGAGCGAGCCCGAGCCGCGGGCGGGCGAAGCAAGCGAGCGAGCGAGCGGGUGGGCGGCGAAGAUGGCAGAGACGCCGGCCUCGCCGGCGCCGCUCUCGCCGCUCGAAGUGGAGCUGGACCCGGAGUUCGAGCCCCAGAGCCGGCCGCGCUCCUGUACGUGGCCCCUGCAGAGGCCGGAGCUCCAGGGGAGCCCGGCCAAGCCCUCGGGGGAGGCGGCCGCGGACUCCAUGAUCCCCGAGGAGGAGGACGAUGAAGACGACGAGGACGGCGGCGGCCGAGCGGGCUCGGCCAUGGCGAUCGGCGGCGGCGGCGGCGGCGGGAGCGUCGCGCUGGGCUGCCCCGGGCUGCUCCUGGAGGACUCGGCUCGCUUGCUGGCGCCUGGUGGCCAAGACCCCGGCGCGGGGCCAGCCUCGGCGGCGGGCGCGCUGGGCGGCGGGGCACUGACGCCGCUGCAGCCCCAGCAGCCGCUGCCCCCGCCGCAGCCGGGGGCGGCGGGGGGCUCGGGGCAGCCGAGGAAAUGCUCGUCGCGGCGGAACGCCUGGGGAAACCUGUCCUACGCCGACCUCAUCACCCGCGCCAUCGAGAGCUCCCCGGACAAACGGCUCACCCUGUCCCAGAUCUACGAGUGGAUGGUCCGCUGCGUGCCCUACUUCAAGGAUAAGGGCGACAGCAACAGCUCCGCCGGCUGGAAGAAUUCCAUCCGGCACAACCUUUCUCUGCACAGCCGCUUCAUGCGUGUGCAGAACGAGGGCACUGGCAAGAGCUCCUGGUGGAUCAUCAACCCUGAUGGGGGCAAGAGCGGGAAGGCGCCCCGACGGAGGGCCGUCUCCAUGGACAACAGCAACAAGUACACCAAGAGCCGCGGCCGCGCAGCCAAGAAGAAGGCGGCCUUGCAGACAGCGCCUGAGUCCGCUGACGACAGUCCCUCCCAGCUCGCCAAGUGGCCCGGGAGCCCCACGUCACGCAGCAGUGAUGAGCUGGAUGCGUGGACCGACUUCCGCUCUCGCACCAACUCCAACGCCAGCACAGUCAGCGGCCGCCUGUCGCCCAUCCUGGCAAGCACAGAGUUGGAUGACGUCCAGGAUGACGACGCUCCGCUUUCUCCCAUGCUCUACAGCAACUCAGCCAGCCUCUCGCCCUCGGUGAGCAAACCGUGCACCGUGGAGCUGCCGCGGCUCACCGACAUGGCGGGCACCAUGAAUCUGAACGACGGGCUGGCAGACAACCUCAUGGACGACCUGCUGGACAACAUCACACUCCCGUCGUCUCAGCCGUCGCCCCCGGGAGGGCUCAUGCAGCGGAGCUCCAGCUUCCCCUACACCGCCAAGAGCUCAGGUCUGGGCUCCCCGACCAGCUCCUUCAACAGCACCGUGUUCGGACCCUCGGCUCUGAAUUCCCUGCGCCAGUCUCCCAUGCAGACCAUCCAAGAGAACAAGCCAGCGACCUUCUCUUCCAUGUCACAUUAUGGCAACCAGACACUCCAGGACCUGCUCACGUCGGACUCCCUCAGCCACAGCGAUGUCAUGAUGACCCAGUCGGACCCCCUGAUGUCCCAGGCCAGCACCGCCGUGUCCGCCCAGAACUCCCGGCGCAAUGUGAUGCUUCGCAGUGACCCCAUGAUGUCCUUUGCUGCCCAGCCGAACCAGGGGAGUUUGGUCAAUCAGAACUUGCUCCACCACCAGCACCCGACUCAGGGCGCGCUUGGUGGAGGCCGUGCCUUGUCGAAUUCUGUCAGCAACAUGGGCUUGAGCGACUCCAGCAGCCUCGGGUCAGCCAAACACCAGCAGCAGUCUCCUGUCAGCCAGUCUAUGCAAACCCUCUCGGACUCUCUCUCAGGCUCUUCCUUGUACUCCACUAGUGCAAACCUUCCCGUGAUGGGCCAUGAGAAGUUCCCCAGCGACUUGGACCUGGACAUGUUCAAUGGCAGCUUGGAAUGUGACAUGGAGUCUAUUAUCCGCAGUGAACUCAUGGAUGCUGAUGGGUUGGAUUUUAAUUUUGAUUCCCUCAUCUCCACACAGAACGUUGUUGGUUUGAACGUGGGGAACUUCUCUGGUGCUAAGCAGGCCUCAUCUCAGAGCUGGGUGCCAGGCUGAAGGAUCGCUGAGGAAAGGGGGAAGUGGGCAAAGCAGACCCUCAAACUGACACAAGACCUACAGAGAAAACCCUUUGCCAAAUCUGCUCUCAGCAAGUGGACAGUGAUACCGUUUACAGCUUAACACCUUUGUGACUCCCGCGCCAUUCCCUAGCCCAGCAGAGACUGUUAACAGCCCCUGACCCCGGGUGAAGCACUUAGUCCUGGAACAGAACUUUCUCUAAAGUAUGCAAAACCUUCCUUGUACGGGGUGACGAGCCAGCCACCUGCCCGCGAAGGACCACCACUGCAGAGCAUCCUGCGUGCCCCGUGUCUCCAGGCCCCAGUGGCCCAUGGGAUAUUUUUAAGUGCUGUUCUGUGUUUGUUUUCCUUUGCUUUCUGGGGUUUUCACAUGCAUUAACUUGCAGUAUUCUUCUGUUGAAAUGUUAGCCAUUCUUCCCCUGCAAGUUUUUAAAAACAGAAGGAAAAGUUUGUACCAGUGGCCAUCCUGACUUGGGGCCUCACACAUGUUUGAGCCCAUAGAACUCUAUGAAUUAAAACAUCACUUAAG